AUGUCGCGUCCAAAUGCUGCGAGCUGGCUCCGUGGGACCGUAAUACGAAAAAGUGGUGCAUCUACGGGCAACAACACUCGUAUCAGCACUCCCCAGGUGCAGAGCACCUCGACGACCGUCUUUGGUGGCGGUGUGAAGGAUCCCUCAGGCAGGACAUCAGAGUACUUUUCGAUGGAUGAUCAAUGCCCAGUGUGCAAGUCUGACAGAUAUCUGAAUCCGAAACUUCGCCUUCUGGUCAGCGCAUGCUAUCACAAGAUGUGUGAAUCAUGCAUAGACCGCCUGUUUACUCUGGGCCCUGCACCAUGUCCAAUCUGCGGCAAGAUCCUAAGGAAGCUUGCCUUCACUCCUCAAACUUUCGAAGAUCUGGGAGUUGAGAAAGAAGUCGCCGUGCGAAGGCGAAUUGCCAAAGAGUUUAACAAACGACGGGAGGAUUUCCCUGACCUUCGUUCUUACAAUAACUACUUGGAGGAGGUGGAGGAUAUCGCGUUUAACCUCAUCAACGACAUAGAUAUUCCCCAAACCGAAGCUCGCAUUGCGGCAUAUCGUAAAGAGAACGCAGCUUUGAUCGAGCUGAACAUCCAACGGGAAGAACAGUACAACCGCCACCUCAAAGAACAAGAAGAAGCUGAGCGUCAAGAGCGUGAGCAACGCGUACUGGAGCUGCGCCGUGCCGAAGAAGAGGAGCGAGAGGAGCGAGAAAAAGAGCGUGAGGAUAUCAUCGACCAGCUCGAGACGAGCGACAAGGACGCGAUUAAACUCGUCGCGCGCUCCCGUGCCGAGGCUCACAAGCGCGCAUCGGCGCGCUCGUCUGCCGCUAUGAACGGAACGCAGGCCUCCCGGCUGAUGCGCUCUAGGGCAGUACAGAACACGGUCAUGCCGGACGUCCCGCACGUUGCUCUGCAAGACGACUGGUACUCCUACAGCGACAUGUUCGUCUUGCAAAACAACUAUGAUGAUCCCUUGAGCGAGGCCGUCCGGCGAGAUAAGGAGGGUAUCAUGAGAGCUGGCGGCUACCGUGUUCAAGAAGCAUGGGAGCGGGCGUUGCGCUCAGCUGUCGCUGGGCUGGAAAUCAUGCCUCUAGAGGGUCUGCACCCUCAAAAUAGUGAGCAAUUGGAUCUUCUAGGGAGGACCUCGGAUGCGAUGGAAGCACCCGCGUAG